UUUUUUAUUCAUGUUGACUGUAUAUAUUAACUUGUUAAAUUGUCAUAUUUCUCAUUUUUACUUUAUUAAUUAAUUUUAGAUUAGUUGGCGCUCUGUGUACAACGUGCUACACUGGGCAAGUAUUCAUUGUAACCGGUAUAUCUUAUAUCAUUGAAUAGUUAGUCAGUAUGACAAUAUAAGAAAUCUUCUUAUGUAUUAUAAAAUGAAAAAAAAAAUGAAAAAACCAAAAAAAAACAAAAAACCACCAAAAAAAACACACAAAAAAAAAAAAACACAAAAAAAGAAAAAAAAAGAAAAAUGUAAAAAAGAGACAUUUUUUCUAAGCUCGAACUCGUGUUGAGGUGUUUGCUUUUAAGCGCUCAUGACGGCCGACUUUACCAAGGUCACUAUCCAGUCAUUUACCAUUCGUGUGAAAAUUAACUGUACAUAGUAUUCUAUUCUUUAUGUUUUACCUUUUUAGUCCAUUGUUGAAAAUGUUGGUAUACUCAAAAAAGGAACGUCACUCUCGCAUGAUCAUAGUCAAACAGUUCUUCUCUUAUACUUAAGUUAUUGAUAUAGAAACUGAGGAAUAAAUUCAGUUUUUUUAGUUUAUAUUUAUAUAAGUCACGCUUCUUCACUCGACAGUUGUAUUGUGGCUAAAAUCUUUAAUUAAGACAUCUGUAUUACUUUUGAUCAAUUUUUAUUCAUGUACCAGCUUUAUUCAUAACAUAAAUAUUUGUUUCUACGUGUUAUAAUGUUUUGCCGCUAAACGUCAUAUAGCGUGUUUCGCGCGUUAAAUUUAACGCAUGUUCCGUCAUGAUGUCCCUUCCGGUAAUAACUACUGAAUGAUCAGGGCUUGUUUGUUGAUUUUAAUAUGUUAUUCCGCUUUUACACAUCUAAAAAAUCUUAAUUAUUAUGCAGUUUGAUAACAAUAUGUUCCAAAUAUGUAUAUGUUUUAAUGUGUUACCUUCUGUAAAUAAAGUUCUUGCUAUUUGUUAUUAUUAUUAUCAUCAUUAUCAUUAUGCAGGUGAGUCGAUUGACAAUACAGCGUGACCACUAUCAUUUAAAUGAUGGCAGGUUUCGAUGUUACCCAUCGGCAGUUUCUUUGAUAAUUAAUGCUAAAUGUUACUAUGUUACUGUUUAUUAUAUGAAUAAUGAUAUUCUUGCUUACGUUAAAAACUUUAGGAAACAUAUAUAUAUAUAUAUAUACAUGUAAAUCGCUGUACUAUAAUAAACUGCUGCAUUGCAUAGAAAACAAAAAGGAAACCAGAAAUGUUUUCAGUUAAAACGUUCAGAUUGAAAACUCUGAUAAAAAAAACUGUUCACCAUCUAUUACAUAUAAUUUUUGUUUCUGGAGAGAAAAGGUAAUUCAAUAAAUAUGUUUGUUUUCACGCCUACUUUCUCUUUAAUCCUAUGUAUUUCUAUGAAAAAAUGUCAAUGAUAUUAUAAACCGAGCGUCUAAACUAACAGCUGUUCUCUUGUGCAUCGCACGAAUGUAAAAAAAAAAAAUGCACACAUGCGUUAUAGCGUCGGUUAAUCAGUUCAUGCGAUUUACCUGGUUAGUAGCACUGGUUGUCUGGUUAGUAGCACUGGUUGUUUAAAGUUCAUUUACUUAAAUAAAUUCUUUCAAAAUUUGAAAAAUACUGCCAUCUCAUUGGACAAAAAUAAUCUUUUAAACACUAAGCCGGUUUAAAUUUAUAAGUACGUAUUGACAAUUGUAUACACACCGGUCUCUCACCGGUAGGACCAGUGUACACAAUGCAUUUUGACAAAUUUAUACGCAUUAUCAAACAUGUAGUAUAAGAAGAACUUGUACAACCCCAACCGAUUUAAUUUAAACAGAUAACCUUCAUAUGUUAUUUAUAGAAACACAAUCUAUACACAAAAUUAUCAGAAAAUGAAACUAGGUUAUUUUUUAUGACUUGAUGUAAUCAAUAUUUUCAGGAAUACAAAGUGAAAGUAAACAAACUAAAUAGUUUAACGACAGCGGGAAUGUAAUAUUUUAAGAUUAACUUCAAGAGGUCAAAUAAAUGAAAAUGAAAUCAAGGUGUUUCUGGAAGACGGAAAAACCUACCAAAAAUGAGUGUCAUACUGCUGUAUUAGACGACAAUGUCCAAAUCCCACAGCCGUCGGAAACUCUUAUCGUUCAGGUAGAUGACGGAAAAGGUCCAGUAAAUCAGUCAGACGCUUUGAUAUUUAAAAAGUAUCAGAGUCUAUUGAGUCAGGUGAAAGGUUUAAAAACAUGGACUAAGUUUCUGUCAUGCGUGAACAUAUUAUUUAUGUGUACUCUUGUUUUCACCAUCGUCCGGGAACACUUGGCACAUGAUAAGAGAAAAGCAGACAACGACCUGUCUUUGAACAUGCAAUCGAUAAGUCAGGAUGACAAAUAUUUUCUACAAAACCUUCUCUCAAAAGAUUCUGGAAAAAUCGUGAAAGAACACGUUUUCUGCACUACAUGCGAAUCUUUUCGUGGUAUGGAGCAACUAUUCUUCGAGACGAUUGAAACAAACAAAUGCUGCUUGAAAGACAUUUCCAACCUGAUUCAACUUAUGAGUUUAACAAAUAUGAAGACCUUGAAUGAGUUCUCAUCUGACAUUAAAGGUUUGGCGUCAAGUAUUGCUGACGUAAGAGAAGACACAGAUGCUUUAACUAAGGAAAUAUUUAACUCCAAUGAAACGGAUGAUGCAGUCGCAACCACCAAUGGAUCCACCCCGAAGGAGAACAUCAUGUGGGCAAUGAUUAUGAAAAAUAACAAAAUACUCAACCUAAUACUUAACAGAAGACGUUCAGUUAUAUAUCUAGUUGGAACAGCUUUGGGCGAUGGCAUAUAUUGGUCAGUGGAGACGGAAACUGGCGAUUUAUCAUAUGAAGGAAAUAGCAUUCACGUAAAAAGUGGUGGACAAUAUAUGAUAAAUUGCAACAUCCACUUCUCAAAGAAUGUCUGCGACGGAACAGAAAACAUCGGUUAUACCAUGAACCAACAAUAUCGACCUGAUGAAGUGCUACCUCUGGCUCGUACUCGAACUGUCUGUCCAACCGGAAGAAGUAUAGACGAGGAUCUACAUUUACAAACCAUUCUUCAAGUCGGACUGGGACAACGAUUGACUCUCAAGCUUGAAUAUGACAAAUCCUUACAGUCUAUGAUAUCGAAAUCAAAUCGAAAUCAUUAUAUUAUCAUGUAUGAAUUAUAAGAUAAUUAUAAACCCAACACACAAAGGUAGAGGGAGUAGGUCAUACUGGAAUCACUCUGUUUUUCUUCAAACGUUGCUCUAAUUUAAUGUUAACAUACAAAAUUAAUUAUUAAUACACCUACAAUACUGUACUGUACCAUAAUGAAUACCGGGCUAUAAGUUUCUUCUUUAGCGGUUAUAGUUUAAGGAUAGUAAUUCAAUAUAAUUUUAUCUAAAAUAUAAUGAAACCGUAUUAAUUGGUAUAAAAAUAAUAUUUCGAUCUGAUGUUUAUAUCUAUGACAGUUGCAAGGACAAUUGGCUUUUUGGAAAUAAUAUUUUGAAAUAAAUAUACAAAUGUACCAAACAACUUUGGAUGCAUGUUUACAAUGCAUUAAAAGCUAUUGUGCUAUCCUGUUGGCACCGUGGGGAUAUCCACGGCCGAACCAUUAACAGUUAUCAAUUUUAUUAUUAUUUAGUUACAUGUUUAUCAACCGUGGGUUAACCAACGAUGUCCUGUUGAUUGCUCUUGACCAUUAAGCACAUAUUAUGAUAUUUUCCCGCACAAUAUAAGCUAGACACUGAAAUACUAACAUUACAUUGCAACAAAUAAUCAUAAUUAUAUUAAAUACAAUAUGGCGACGCUCUUACUUUUCUAAACACCGAAAGGCAGAACAAAAAUAUUAGAAAAAUAUUGAAUCAUAGUUACUUUUAAAAGCAUGUUAAUUUUACAGUAACAUAUUUUAAUAGACCAGCACAAUGUGUCUACAAUAAGUAAUUGGUAGACUAGAAAAUUGAAACUGGUACUUGUUUUGGCAUAUAUUCUGAGUAUAAGUUGUUGGACAUAGUAUUUUGCCAUUAAACAUAACCUUUGAAUCAUUUAACUUAAACAUUUCUGAGAGGGAUAAAAUGUAAAAUCACUCUACUGAAAACAUGUAAAAGACUUACCUUUAACAAUUACAGCUCGAUUAGGAUAAUAGUAGAGUGACGCGACGGUCAAGUAACACCCUAUCAUAUUAUACAAGUUAACUCUAGUGAAUCAGCUUAGUGACAUCGAAAUAUACAAACUGUCGACGUUAAGAUGUAACGGACUUAGCCGUACAUUUUUCGCAAAAUUGUAAUUCUUGUAUUUUUUGUUCGUUUUUGUUUGCCUGUAUUUUUGAAAUAUAUAUUUAAUAUGUUUUUUAUUCAUGUUGUAUAUAUUAACUUUUUUAAUUGUCAUAGUUCUCAUUUUACUUUAUAAAUUUUAGAUUAGUUGGCGCUCUAUGUACAACGUGCUACACUGGGCAAGUUUCCAUUGUAACCGGUAUACCUUAUAUCAUUGAAUAGUUAGACAGUAUGACAAUAUAAGAAAUCUUCUUAUGUAUGAUAAAAGGAAAAAAAAAAAAAAAAAAAAGCAACAAAAAACAAACAAAAAAACAAAACAAAAACACAAAAAAAGAAGAAAAAGGAAAAAAAGAAAAAGGUAAAAAAGAGAUUUUUUUCUAAGCUCGAACUCGUGUUGAGGUGUUUGCUUUUAAACGCUCAUGACGGCCGGCUUUACCAAGGUCACUAUCCAGUCAUUUACCAUUCGUGUGCAAAUUAACUGUAAAUAGUAUUUUAUUCUUUAUGUUUUACCUUUUUAGUCCAUUGUUGAAAAUGUUGGUAUACUCAAAAAAGGAACGUCACUCUCGCAUGAUCAUAGUCAAACAGUUCUUCUCUUAUACUUAAGUUAUUGAUAUAGAAACUGAGGAAUAAAUUCAGUUUUUUUAGUUUAUAUUUAUAUAAUUCACGCUUCUUCACUCGACGGUUUUAUUGUGGCUAAAAUCUUUAAUAAAGACAUCUGUAUCACUAUUGAUCAAUUUUUAUUCAUGUACAAGCUUUAUUCAUAACAUAAAUAUUUGUUUCUACGUGUUAUAAUGUUUUGCCGCUAAACGCCAUAUAGCGUGUUUCGCGCGUUUUACGCAUGUUACGUCAUGACGUCGCUUCCGGUGAUAACUACUGAAUGAUCGGGUGGCUUGUUUGUUGAAUUUAAGAUGGCAUUCCGCUUUUACACAUCUUAAAAUGUUAAUUAUUAUGCAGUUUGAUAACAAUAUGUUCCAAAUAUGGAUAUGUUUUAAUGUGUUACCAUCUGUAAUUAAAAUUGUUGUUAUUAUUAUUAUUUUCAUCAUUAUCAUUAUGCAGGUUAGCCGAUUGACAAUACAGCCUGGCCACUAUAAUUUUAAAUGAUGGCAGGUUUCGAUGUUACCCAUUGGCAGUUUCUUUUAUAAUUAAUACUAAAUGUUACCUAUGUUAAUGUUUAUUAUAUGAAUAAUGAUAUUCUUGCUUACGUUAAAAACUUUAGGAAAGUCGGUUGUUAUAGUCAGGUGCCCGAUUGUGCUUGCUUGAUGUAAUAUAUAGAUAGGAUCUUCCAUAAGCAAAGCAGGAAAGUUGCCAUGUGACCUUUAUAAUGUCAAGGUGACUUGGAAUAAAAUAAAACAACAACAACAACUAAAAUACCCUGAAAUACAUAUAUUAAAUAUCGCUUAACUCGUUUUAGAAAGGCAGGCACAUUCCAAGAUAGUGCCAUUAUAAUUAUGUUCGCAAGAUUUUAUAAUAUUUUAUAUUUGUUAUGAUAUUUGUCUAGUUAUUUGUGUAUACAACACUAAUAGUGCAUGUUUUAGAAGAAAUUACUAUUAUUCAGAUGUAAUUUACAAAUAUUUUUCUUUCCGUGUUGCAACCUUAAUAAAUAAAUAAAAUUUA